CUACUGUUUCUCCAUCGCCGGCAACCGGUCAUUGGGACGAUACGCUACCCCAUCUCUUGGACGAUUAGGUCACCUGAGUUGGCCUUCGCGCAUCACAAAGGGGUGAGUGUCUCGCUGUCGUUGAUCGCUCUCGAUCGUCACGCGACCAGAUUUCGUCUCUUCGGAUCGUUUCGCAGUUGGAAGCAUGCCAUAGCCUUGAAGCCGAAAUAUGUUUUUGCUCACUGGUUGCUCCUUUCAUCCUGUUCUACCAGACUCUUGAUCUCAAGUGCCUUAUCGCGAUAGAGGGGACUUACCGCGGGCAGAGAAGAGGAAGAAGCGCAAGAGCAAGAGCAAGAGCGAGAGCGACGGGAAGAAGAAGCCCGAGAAGAGGAGAGGAGAUCAGCCAUCAUGUCAUCAGAAACGGCCCUCAUCGCCGUGGAGGAGGAGAUCGACUACGAGGGGCUCGGCGAUGACGUUCCGUUUCACAUCAACAUGGUGGCGGGAGCUUUUGCAGGUAUCAGCGAGCAUGCGUUUAUGUUCCCGGUCGACUUGAUCCGGACACGGAUGCAGGUCCUCUCUGCCACACCAACAGCUACAUACACAGGUGUCGCGCAGGCGUUGUCUCGGAUCAGCAGCCUGGAGGGAGCACGCGCGCUCUGGAGGGGUGUCGCUUCGGUCAUCAUGGGCGCUGGGCCCGCGCAUGCAGUCUAUUUUGGCACAUACGAAGCCGUCAAGGACUUUACGGGCGGGAAUCGAGCAGGGCAUCAAUUUGCGAGCACAGCGUUUGCCGGCGCAUCAGCAACAAUUGCAUCGGAGAUCUUCAUGAACCCAUUCGAUGUCAUCAAGCAGCGGAUGCAGAUGCACGGCUCUGCGCACCGCUCCGUUGUCGACUGCGCACGCAAGGUCUACGCGGCUGAGGGCCUUCGGGCAUUCUACGUCUCAUACCCAACAACGCUGGCCAUGUCAGUGCCUUUUACCGCUGUCCAGUUCUCCGUCUAUGAAUGGGCGAAAAAGGUGAUGAAUCCUUCGGGAAGUUACUCGCCCAUCACCCACGUCACUGCCGGUGGCUUCUCGGGCGCCGUGGCAGCAGCCGUGACGACACCCUUGGACGUAGCAAAGACGUUGCUGCAAACAAAGGGAAACAGCAGCGACCCGGCAAUCCGAAAUGCCUCGGGCAUGAUCGACGCCUUCCGAAUCAUCAAGCAGCGCGAAGGUCUUCGCGGCUUUGCCAGAGGGCUCAGCCCCCGAGUGCUCACUUUCAUGCCCUCCAACGCCCUCUGCUGGCUUAGCUAUGAAGGAUUCCGCUUCUUCCUCAACGAGAGACAAAAGAACCUCUAGACGGCUCACGCCUUCCUCAUCCGACCACUACCACUACUACCCUACCACUUCUGCUACCUUAGCAUCCUACGCGCACUCUACUCUGUACUACCUUCUCCUACUUUUCUCCCUCGUUCACUUACUCUCUCUCCGUGUCUGCGACUACGCGAAUCUUUCAGGUCUUUGCAAGUCAAACAAUAGCAAAACGUCAACAUUAGGAGAUGACGAAUUCAUAAAGCGAGUGCGCACCAGCAACAGCAGCAUCUUUCAACAAUCCGCCGCCGGUGCACGAGUACAGAUCGUUCUCUAGGAGGAUGAAGGGUGGAAAGCAGGCUACAUGCUGUCAGAAUUUGAAGAUGCCAAUCGUCUGCUUGAUGCCGUCAUAGACGGCGGUGUUGUUGAGGGGAAUGUACUGCCUCGUCGUAAUUUUGAUGAUCUCCUGCGCCGCCACGCC